CAAUUUGGACGACAUUUCAUUUCAUUCCCUUUCAUUCAAAAUUGAACGCAACAAUAAUAAAGUUGGCAGUAUCAUAUCAUCACUUCUCACUCAUUCACACACUCCUUCACUUUGCAAUUAUUAAUUCAUUAUCCCACACGGUUACCCAUUUCUUGUUUUUGGGUCGGAUCCCAUUUUCUCUCUCUUCAGGAACACUUCUUUUCUGGGAUGGGAGGUGGAGUGAAAGAGUCCUGGUUUAGUAGUUUAUGGGGGAUUUCGCGAAGAAAUGGUUCGCAUUCUGAGAAAGCUGUAAUGGGAAUUCUAGCUUUUGAGGUGUCAACUUUGAUGUCUAAGGUUGCUAACUUAUGGAAUUGUUUGAGUGAUAAUCAUAUAUCGCAGUUGAGGGAAGAUGUUAUUAACUCGCCCGGGAUUGUAAAACUUGUAUCAGAUGACGAAAACUUUCUCAUGAACCUUGCUUUUGCGGAAAUCGUUGAGAAUUUGUGGUACGCUGCACACUCUGUCACUAGGUUAGGAAAGAAAUGCUCUAAUCCUGUAUAUCAUUGUUUGGACCAACUUUUAAGCAGCCCUCUUGAGAACUCUACCGAAUUGUAUGGAUGGGAAUAUAGAUGGAAGAAGAUGGAGAAGAAAGUUAAGAAACUGGAGAGUUUUGUUGCUGCUACUUCACAAUUGCAUCAAGAGAUGGAGGUGCUGGUGGAGCUUGAACAAACAUUGAGAAGAAUGCAGUGCAAUCCAGAAACCAGUCGAGUAAAAUUGCUUGAAUUUCAGCAGAAGGUCAUUUGGCAGCGUCAGGAGGUGAAAAACUUACAAGAAAUGUCCCCUUGGUCUAGGACAUAUGAUUACAUAGUGCAGCUUCUGUCAAGAUGUCUAGUUACUAUAAUUGAGAGGCUUAAAUUUCUGCUUGGAAUUAAUGAAGUGAUAUAUUUGGACAGAAAUCACACGACAGGGCUUCAGCCUACAGCUGGAUCCCUGAUACGGAGUCGAUCAUUUGUACAAUCUUCUGUUUAUCCCUCUGAAACUCAUAGCUCUAUCUUUUAUUCAGGACCUUUGGUUAGAUCGAGCUCUUUACUGGGAUUGCCAACCAGAAGUAAGAGAGCUAGCAAAAGGCAACAGAGACAGACUCUUCAGAAUGAACAUAAUCCACACAAAAAGUUCCCAUUUUUAAACACAAAACGAUUUGCUCAAUCAGGGCCAUUUAAAGGAUGCAUGAUUGGUGGAAGUAAUUCUCCAGUAGUUGAGAGCUGUAUGCCAACAAGCAGUGGGCCUUCAAGUUCCGCAGCUAUUGUGUUGAGUGAUGUGGAUGGAAAAUUGAACAAUUUGGAUCCUUCUUCUCAUGACAGCACAUUUCCCACAAGUAGCUCGGUUUAUCUUUCACAGUGUAUAUUGUCAAAUACUCCUCCAUUUUCUCUGGGAAGUGCUGCCUUAAGUCUCCAUUAUGCAAAUAUUAUUAUAUUAAUUGAAAAGCUUGCUUCAUCGCCUCACCUGAUUUCCCAUGAUGCAAGGGAGGAUCUGUACGAUAUGUUAACAACAAGCAUAAGGAGCAUGUUGAGGGCUAGACUAAAACUUUACACCAAAUCCUUUGCUUCCUCAGCCUAUGAUUCUGCCCUUGCUACGGAAUGGAGUCUGGCUAUAGCAAGAAUGUUAGAAUGGCUUUCUCCUCUUGCGCAUAACACAGUUAGAUGGCACUCUGAAAGGAAUUAUGAGAAGCAGCAUAUUGUUUCCCGUGGGAAUCUUCUUCUAGUGCAGACUUUGUAUUUUGCAAAUCAAUCAAAGGCUGAAGCUGCAAUUAUCGAACUUUUGUUGGGUUUGAACUAUCUAUACAGAUUUGGCAGAGACGUGAAUGAGAUGGUUUUCUUGGAAGCGAAUGGUAACCGAGUUUAUGAUGAAUAUGCAAUUCAGGCAGAUACUAUUGCUUGCAAUGCUUGAUAAAAUUGGGGCAGACCUUCUUGGUUUAUCUAAUGAUAGUGGUACACAUACAGAGAAGUGCUGUAUUUUUGGAAGCUUCACUAUAAGUUGGUAAAGGGCCAUGCCGGACUCAGUUGUAUGGAGAAACCUUUGUUUCACAUAACGAGGAAUCCAUCAGAAAUAGCAGAUGAGUUAACCAUCUUUUUAUACAAUAGCUAUACAUUGUUUAACUGUAUCUUAGAUUGCAUAACUUGUUCUUCUCCCUUCUUCUUGCCAAUCUGUAGCCAUCAUAUUAGACUGUUGUAAAGCAUAGUUUAUAUUUUACAUGAGAUGUGUGAUGUGUAACCUCAGAAUUUAUGUUUGAUGUCUUCUUCCUUUACAUCCUUUACUUGUGUAAGUAUCAGUCUGGCUUCUACUAUGCAGAUUUUCAUCUUUUCUGCU